UGUUUGAAGCUUCAACAAGUGCAUUUUCUGCUGCAGGUGCCAAACUUUCCACUUUUCUUUCUUCUCUACGACUCUCCAGGUGUUCUCGCAAGCAUAACUACCCAACAUCCAGCAAGACGCUCCUCGUGCGAGGGAUGUUCAUCACCUUUGGCAUGGAGCAGUGCCGCAGGGAUGACUAUGACACAGAUGCGAGUCUCGAGUACAGUGAUGAGGAGACCUACCAGCAGUUCCUGGAGUUCUAUGAGGACGUGCUCCCUGAAUUUCAGAACGUGGGGAAGGUUGUUCAGUUCAAGGUCAGCUGUAACUACGAGCCUCACCUGCGAGGAAAUGUCUAUGUCCAGUACCAGUCGGAGAAGGACUGUCAGGCAGCCCUGGCCCUGUUCAGUGGACGAUGGUACGCAGGCAGACAGCUUCACUGUGAAUUCUGUCCUGUGACGAGGUGGAAAACUGCUAUUUGUGGCUUAUUUGAAAGGCAGAAGUGUCCAAGAGGGAAACACUGCAACUUUCUUCAUGUAUUCAAAAACCCAAACAAUGAGUUCUGGGAGGCCAACAGAGACAUACGUAUUUCUCCUGAACGGACUAAUCAGUUGUCUAAAAACUCUGAAAGGAGAAACAGAUCAAGCCAUCGUGAUGACUAUUACAGCCGGUCCAGGAGAAGGGGCAGCCCGAGCCCAGAUCAUUCUUACCGGAGAAAUGGAGAAUCCGAGAGAAAAAAGAACCGCCGCAAAAGCAAGAGGCGGCACCGAUCGGGGCGGUCGAGGAGCCGGGAGAGGAGGAGGUCUCACAGCAGGGGCAGGAAGAGGAGAGGCCGCAGUCGCAGCAGAAGUCACAGUCGAACUCGCAGUCGCAGCAGAAGCCGGAGUUCCUCUCGAUCCAGGAGCAGGGGUAAAAAGAGAUCGAGCAGCAGAGGAAAAAAUAGUGAAACUCCCAAAACAAAGUGAGAGAUACUUUUAGAAAUCUGUAAUUGGUCAAAAAUAGAUCUGACAGAGAAAUCUUUACAAUAGGGCACCAGAUAUAUUUUGAGUUUUAAAUAAAAUGUUGUUGCACAUUAAAAUGUUUCUUCCUAAUAAAGGAACCUAGUUUAUUGUGUGCUAAGCUUCAGAGAAUUAAAAGUUUUAAGUCCUCUAGAAGGUGUGAACGUCAAAUACUCUAGCUACUCUAUCCCUCCGAAGUGCUGCAACACCUGGAUACACACUGAGUACAAAUAGAGAAGUAAAGCCUCUUUGGUAUAUGUUUAUUUCUGUUAUGUGUGUGUUAAGUGUUUCCUGUCCCUGUAGGGAGUGAGUACAGAACAGCCAGUGUGCCGUAAAUUCACACCCUUGCACACUGCAGACCAAGGUCUGUGUAGACACUGCCGUUUGUACUUUUUCAUCUGUUUAUGGGAAAUCUCUUUCUAGACAAAGUAAAUAUAAUCGUAUUAUGAGUUUGAGUAAAGGGAUCUCAAAGACAUCACUGUUUGAUUGUACAGUACUUGCCCAGUAGGAGCUUUGUGGUCAUGAGUGUUGGAUUUUUCUCUCUCCCCUGACUUGAGCUGCUGAGCUAAUUGCCUGUAGGGAUUGCAGUAGACUAAAACCGAGUAGGAAGUACACAGAGAAACAAUCGAUUUAUUCAGUACCUUAAUCCCCAAGUAAGAGCUGAGACCAUGCAACUGUAAUCCUCCAGCGAGGAUAGAAAAUACUUCACAUACUUCUUGGCUGCACACCACUUGUAAGUGAAAACGACUUGCCUAACCUGUGCUGGAGGGGUGGAAGUGUCCCAUCUGGGAACCAAAGCUGCAAAUGGGAUUGCGAAGGCUCAAUUGAGAUAGUUGCACAGUGGCUGAAGAAACUGAAGGUUUUACACCUGAAAGAACACUUUGUUUUUGGGAGAGGAGGACUUGACUUUUUAUGGUUUUUUUAGGUUUAUUUUACAAACAGUUUUAGGCACCCUACUUGUCUCACUUUCCUAGAGCCAAGGUGGAGGGUAGGGUACAUAAAAAUGAAGUUAAAGGGACAAAACCUUUUUGAAAUUACAGCUGUAUUAGUAAAGUACCUGCAGUUAGAUAAAUCCUUAAAAAUAUUUUUUCACUUUUAAGUGAAAGAUUUGUGCUGUUAGAUGGACUGUUCUUCAUACAGCUUAACUUCAGGUAUUUAACUUGGGCACCUCAGAUGCUUGGAGAGACCAGUGUGUGGGGCUGAAGGUGCAGGUCUGCAGAGAUACCUCCCCUCUCUUUAGCCUCUUCAAAGAACUUGUGCUCCUGCCCUUAGAAUACAGAUCAGACCCCACGAGUUAGAAGCCUGAAGUAGGCGUGAAGUGCUCCCAAAUAGGAAUUCAUUAAGACUCCAAUGAUGUAACAUGAACUACCAUAGAAAAUCUGGAUUAUCCAAACUUUACCAAUAGCAUUUCUCACAGCAAGAACGUUUUUUUUCCCCCCAGGAUAGUUAAGAGUGAGUGAAAAUUGCUUCUGGAUACAGUAUAUAUAUAUUUUUGCUUUUCUAAAUGCAUACUGCACCUAGCAUGCUGAUUAUACAUUUUUCCUUCUUUCUUCAUGUGUAACUGUUGACCAAUAUGGAGUAAUACAACAAAAGUGCUAUGUAUUGAUGUUCAGUUCAAACCCGAUUUUCACUAUAUAUUGUCAUAACUGUAGGCAGAGCUGUAGCUUAGUUAAUUUGAUUAAAUGUUUUAGUUAUUAAUAGAUGUAGGAAUUGUAAUUUAAUAGCAUAACUUUUAAAAUAAUAACUUUGAAAGGUGUAUUUCAAAGGAUAGACAGCACUAAUUUUAAAUUCCAUUUGAGAAAUUUGUGACCACCAUAUAUUUCUCAUAACAUACCUUUUUCUGACUGCACCUUACAGACAGAUUUUCCCCGAGGUUUUUGUUUUUCUGUAGAUGCUCAAUUGUCUCAGUAGUCACUUGUGCAGCACGUGGCAAACUCUGGUUCAGUUCCCUGGAGCAGAACUGAACUGGCAUUUCCUGCGUGCAGAGAUGCCACCAGCAGGCUGGGAUCUUUCUUUCCCUGGGGCUGCCUUUCUUCCCACAGCUUGUGCUGUUGACCCAGCCUGCUGGCCAAGGCUCUCCAGUGGGAGAGCUGCCUUGGGCCAUCUGCAGACACUGUGCAUCCCGUGUCACGCGGCCGGGCUGUGGCGGAGCAUUAUCCCAGCAAAAUCAAU